ACCAUAUUUGAACAUGAGAUACUCAAACUCACAAUAUCUAAUUGAAGAAACUGCAACAGAAUGCACCUAUAAAUGGACUCUACCACCACCUUUAAAUCCCUAAACGCAAUCACCCCAUUUUAUUCAAAUUAGCUUCAAAAGCAAUCACUCUCUUCACCUUCUUCCUCCAAUCACUAUUGACAGCAAUGGGAGAGCAAGUGUGCCCGGGCGCGGACCGGUGCUCGGAAUGGGCGAGGAUUUACCUAAGCUAUUGUCUUUGCAGUGUGAAAGAUGAGAUUUCGUUAACUGUGGGGUUGUUAAGUGUUGUCAGCUGGGGUGUUGCUGAAAUUCCUCAGAUUGUCACCAACUAUAAAGAAAAAUCUUCUGAAGGUCUCUCCAUUGCUUUCUUGAUCACUUGGAUUAUUGGGGAUCUUUUCAACCUUUUUGGAUGCUUGCUGGAACCAGCUACUCUUCCUACCCAGUUCUACAUGGCCAUUCUGUAUACAUUUAUCACUACAGUUCUUGCUGCACAAACAAUAUAUUAUGGUCAUAUCUACCCACGGAUGAAACGCAACAGACGGCAUCAAGAGGGUCCAGUAAUUCACCAAACUGAAGAAGCAGCAAAACUUAGACUAGGAGUUCAAAAUGCCGGCUUGAAACAAGUGAACAAUGUAGAGAGAUGGAAAAAUGGAUCCAGGACUUCUAACAAUGGAAACAUUUCAAGUUCACCUAUAGCUUUUCCUGCAUUUACUCACAAAAGUUCCCCUGGAAAAGAGCUGUAUUAUGUGUCUGCAAGAUCUCUUACAAGCAGUCAUACUCCCACAGCAGGAUCCUAUAUGGCACACCCUGCAUCAUAUCCUAGUAGGGAUUCCAUUGAGGAGCCCUUGCUUGAUGAGGAUAAUUCGACUUGUUCUGCACCAAAUUUAAAUGAUGUAGAUAGCGCUACACGAUCUGCACCAAAUUUGAACCCCAAAACAAUGCUAUGUGUGGUUUUUGUAGUGGCAUUCCUUGGCACACUGAAUCUUUAUGAAUCAACAGAUAAUCUUAAUUUGCCAUUAGAAAGUCAAAAUCAAGGAUUUGUAUUGCGAGUAGGACGAAAGCUUUUGCAGGCCAGUGGAGAAAUGAUGCAUGCAAGUGAGAAUGAAGGCGGCACUGGGAUUGGAACUGUUCUUGGCUGGGCAAUGGCGGCUAUAUAUAUGGGUGGGCGUCUUCCUCAAAUUUUGCUAAAUAUCAGAAGAGGCAAUGUGGAGGGUCUUAAUCCAUGGAUGUUUGUCUUUGCUUUGGUUGGAAAUUCGACAUAUGUAGCAAGCAUAUUAUUGAGCAGCUUGGAAUGGUCAAAAAUCAGACCAAAUCUGCCCUGGUUGGUGGAUGCUGGAGGCUGUGUUCUGCUUGAUAUUUUAAUACUCAUUCAAUUCAUCUACUUCUGCUAUUGGCUUCCCCAAUUAAGGACAAAACAUCAUAACACAACUUGUUAACUAAGCAUGCCAGAUUAGCGUAUCUGCGUCUGAAUACCAUUUUGGAAAUCCAGCGUUUAGGUUGCUUGUUGAAGAUGCUUACUGCAGUCCAGCGCCCAUCGUUUUCCAUUGCAGCAGAAAGCAAAAUCCCAGUUUUCGCAUCUUUUCAACUUCCGGAUUCUGUUUCCUCAAACCUUUGAUUUUGUUUUUCUACUUCAUUUAAAGUUUUGGCUGAUUUGUUCUGUAAGUAAUAAGCACUAGUAGCAACAAGACAGGAAUUUAUCUGUUUUAAAGUUGCAAUAUUCUUCCAUA